GUUCUGUAAUAUGGCGCUCUCCAUGCGGCUGUAAACAUUGCUGCAUGUUCGAUAUUCAGCAGUGCUGGUAGCUAAGCUAUGGCCACUUUAACAGAUAAACUGAAAGUGGAACUUGAAGAUUAUGUCUCGAAGUGCUCCCUUGAUGACGAUCUUCGGAUGAGAAUCAAAGUGUUAUGUGAAACAGAUAUUAAUAAUUCAAAACAGUAUAUUUGUUUAUUGAAGGAGAUUUUACAAGCAGUACCAUUUGCAAAUGACUGUUUAUUAAAAAUGGUGGUUUCACUAUACCUCAGUUUAGAUCCUAAACAUCCUGCCAAGAAAUGUUUAUCUAGUUUUUUUCAGAAUCUCCAGCUAGCAGAGAAAGCAAAAGUUCAUCAGUUCUUGUGUCAGCUUAUGAGUGAUUCAUUUGUUGAUGUAUUUUCCAAUGUUACUAUUCCACUAUCUGCAGUCCGCCAGAUAGUGAACAAUGUGACUUCUCUCAUGGAUAACUUCCCUUUAGGUGAAGAUUGCAUCACAAGUAUCUCCUCUUCAGUGGUGGUGUUUCUUGCAAAAGCUCAGUUUUACUUCUUUCAAAUGUUCAGGAUGCCAGAUCAGUCAGCAGUGAUGAUGAACAGCACAAUGCACAGCUGUCAUGUCACCAUGCAGGCACUGAAUCGACUUUUUCAGAGGCAUGCGCCUCAGCAAGAAGAGAUAAUGAGUCUGCAAAGUUCAGCUUUUAGGGAAUUGAUUUCUGCAGACCUCCAGAUCUUACUGCAUGAGCCAAUGAUGGCUGACUGUCGAUGCUGCUGUGCCAUUAAUCUGGUGCUCCUUUUGUCUUUAUCGGUCCCAAAUUUGUUGGUUGAGGUAACCUGUGCAUUGUUUACAUGUGGAGAUAAAAACAUUGAGCUACCACCAUGGCUGCAGGGCAUUGACCUGCUGCAAAUUAACAUGGCAAAGUUGUCUUCAAUGGCAGCACUGUGCAUGUUGUGGGGUUUGAUAUCCAUGCUCCCAUCAGAAAUAAUGGUUUUAGAGGUUGAUUCCCAGGAUGAAACACCUCUCUUUGAAGUGAUACUGAAAAAGCUGCUGGAGCUGGAUGAGAGAUGUGUGAGCAUGAGCACUCAAGCACAAGCUGUGAAGACAGUUACUUUAUGGACCACACGGAUGUAUUGUUAUUUACAAACUGGACAAAUCAAGGAAAGAGAAAAAUUUAAAAUGAGUGGCAGUGGUUCAGUGACACGCCAGCUUCUCAAUUUUGUUUGGACACAUUGGCAGGAUCAGCUGGAAAUUGUUCGUCUCAACUCAAGGAUCACAUUUGAAAAUUGCAUAAAAAUCCAUAUGCUGGCAUCUACAUUUGACAACCCAUCUAGUGAUCCAUUUCUUCUGUCCAUGCUUAAGCAAGUUUUGGAUGUUAGCUGGUGCAAUCCAAGCAAGUUUGGAGUUUUAGGUAGUCUUGUCCAGUGCAUGGGGUCAGCGCCUGUUCUUCAAGCUCAUGCCAACUUCCCAUUAACUCUGGUUCAACAGAUACAAGAUCAAGGUUUUGCAUGCCAGGUCAGUGAUUUAUAUGAAAGGAUGAUGAAAGCUGACAAGGUCACCAGAUGUCAGCCAGAAGAUGAGACCACUACUAAAAACUGGCUCCAAGAGUGGAUCAGUCCAGUGAUAUCUGGACUAUGCGGGUCAAACAAAAAGCUGAAGCAACACAUUAUAGAGUAUUUAUUGCCCAGAAUUCUCAAGUGUGAAAAGAGUGUUUUGAAGUUUCUACUUUGUGAAUUGGCUGUUUCCGGGAAACAAGAUGGUAGACAUAGUGGUGGAUCUCUUGGGGCUCUGAUUAUUUGUAUGCGAAGAGCCCGAACAGGAGGCUUGCUGGCUUGGCCCCAGUGUGGUCUGGACAGUGUGUCAACUUUUGCAGACAGAGUUCGUGAUGCACUUGGCAGUCAAGAUGAGCAGGUGAGACUGGAUGCAUUUGCCCUACUGUGUGAAAACAAGAAGACGACAGAGUUGAUUAGUCAACUGGAAUUUGAUCAUGUGCAGUACUUCAUCCCCCACAAUCUCAACAACCAGUCACCUGCUUUCAGACAGUCUGUCCUAUCUUCCUUAAGAAAGUUAUUUACCAGAAUUAUUGAAAGCUAUGGUGCACUUCUGCGCAACAAGAAACCUGACACGGUGCAAAGAAAGCCAUGGAAGGAUGCAGCUGCAAGCUAUAAUUCAUUUUUAGCCUGGCUGGAGGAGUAUUUAUUUGAGCAGCUGUACCCUGGUGCUGCCUUUGCUCGUCGUAUGAUGAGCUUAUCCGUUUUGUCACUUCUGCUUCAAGAGAUUCAAACAUCAGAGACUGUUAGAGACAGCUACCAGCUACUCAGAAGAGUAACUCUUCACCAUCUUCACUCACUGCUGGAGUGUAUGACUGACACUUAUGAAGAGAACAAGCAUGAGGCAUUUAAACUGCUGCUGGCUUGUACUAAUAAACACAGGAAUUUGUUGACUGAAGAACAUUGCAAGGAAUUGUACUCCUGUGCCAUGAAUCUUGCUACAAGCACCAGGCCUCAAGACAGCAGUACAGCUGCCUACCUGUUUCGCUUUUUGCUGCAGCAGUCGUGUAUUUCAAGUGUGAUCAAGGGACAUAAGCUUGAGCUACAGAACCCUGCUUGCAUCAAGAAACUGUUGCAAGAAAAGUCUUGUCCUCAGAAAAGAGACCCAGACCCCUCAUAUGAUACCUGCACCAAUGGAGGCCUGAGUGAGGCAGCACCUUACAUUUUAUUCAACAUUCAGAAUCCAUUGUUAUUAGACUGCACUGCACAACAUGGUGGAAAACAUAGUGCACCUUUAUCAAAAUCAGAAGCAGCUGAAUGUACUGUACAGGAAAAUCAUCUACGUGCACAAGAACUGGUUCUUGAUACUGUGAGUGGUGUGUGGCUUUCGGCCAGCAACAUUGAAGUCCCAACAGUGCUGCAUCAGCUGCAGGUGUUGCUGUCACUUCUGGUUGACCAAGUAGUAAUUGCUCGGCACAGUCUGGUAGUGGCAGCUGCCAGCCGCCCCAUGCAUCCCACCCUUCACAGUAUCCGCUGCAUCCUUAGCACACUUGAUCUUGGGUCAGUGGAUGAAAGAUGCAGAGCUUUGUGGGCAGAGUUCAUCCACUGUCUGCUUCAAACCUGCUUUCAGGUGGCAGAGGUAGUGUCCCCUGUGGUGCAAAACUCAUCACCUGAGGGAAACAUACCCCAGGAAGCCAUUUUAGGUCCAGGUCUAAAUUUUGAUGUAAAAAUAAUAGCUGAAGUCGAGGAUGUUCAGCAGACUGUCUCCCUUAUGCCUGAGUACCUUGUAGUGUGUAGCUGGCGCAGCAUAAAAGAAGUGUCCUUACUGCUGGGACAGUUGUGUCUCAGUUUGCCUGUAACUCAGCCUGGGGUUAAUCAGGGAUUGCUUUCUUUACGACAGGUGGAGGACAUAGGCUUUUACUUUAAGAAACAGCUAAUGGAGUCGCUACACCGUGGUGCCUUUGAGCUGGCAUAUGCGGGCUUUGUCAUGAUGUGUCAGAUGCUAUGGAGAAGUUCAUGGAGCCAAUUGCAGCAGCUACCUAAACAAUGGCUAAGAGAUGUCAUGGCAGUUGUUGUGGCGGAGGAUCGUUCAGCAGCUUUGUGUGCCACUCGGAGGAGUGCUGGAAUCCCUUUCUUCUUGCAGGCUAUACUUGCGACAGAGUCUCCUGCCACAGGUCGACUAAGUUUCCAUCAGGUCAUGAGGCAACUGCUGGAUGUUGCAUUUUCUUCAUUAACCCUCCAUCCCAGCAGAACAGACACAUGUGUUCAUGCUUUAAACAUCUUACGAGCAUUGUUCCGAGACACCCGGCUGGGAGAGGAUGUGGCGUCUUACAUUUCAGAAGGUCUGAUGGCAGCUGUCAGGGGCUUCAAAUCACAGUACUGGGAGAUCCGCAACUCUGCAACUCUCCUACUAAGUGCUCUCAUCACUCGCAUGUUUGGUGUUAAGCGUAACAAGGAUGAUAGUGUGAUAUCUAAAAGGAACAGUCAGACAGGUCGGGCUUUCUUCUACAAGUAUCCAGCUCUUUUUCAGUUCUUGUUAACGGAAUUGGAGACAGCUACACAAAGUGCUGCAAAGACUGGACAGCUGCAUUUGCGUCCAUCACUGUACCCUGUACUAAUGGUGCUGGGACACCUUUACCCAUCCACCAUGGAAGAAGACUCCACUCACCUUAACCUGGCAGCAUUUGUCCCACACGUCAUCAAAUGUGCCAGCAGCCCUGUGUACAAGACACGUAUUAUGGCCGCUAGAGCACUGCAACCCUUGGUCAACAAAGAACAAAUGUGUAAGGUGCUGACAACAUUACUGAGUUAUCUCCCUAAAUGCCCUGAGGAGAAGCUGAGGAUUUCACAGAGUCAUCUGCAUGGUGUUCUCCUGCAGGUGCAUCAUCUCCUCCUGCUGCUGCCUGACGUGAGUGGUGGUCUGUUACAUGAAGCCUGUGAUGUGUGCCUUGCUGGGCUGGGAGCCUGUUCCUGGCUUGUGACAAGAGAGAAUAAAUGCCUGUUAACCAGGAAGGUGGCCAUGGAGGUUCUUAACCUGGUUUUAUCCCACGCAGAAGUCAUUAAAAUGAGCUUUUCUGCACGUGAUGUAGAUAUGUUCAAUACUAUCAAAUGUCUUUUCCUGACUACCUUGCGGUCAGAGGUGAAGAAGGCAUCAGAGUACAGUCUUUACACCCCCUCUCUUCCAGAUUUUCUUAGUUGCAUGGGAUUGCUGGCCAUGAAGUGGCUUGUCUUAGAAGUCAGCAGCAGCAUGAAUGAAGAUGACUCAGAAAGCGUCAUCUUAGAUUUAUUAAACUUUGAUGCCUAUGAAGUCCACAUAUCUGUACUAGACUCAUUGUUGGCAAGUUCAGGAAAAGCCAAAAUGUUGAAAACAAACCUGGCACAGACUCUAGACAGAAAAGAAGACAUUAGUAGGCUCUCAGAAUCUCAGGAUACUGAUGGCUUAGCUGCUGAUUAUUUUGCUGAUAAUGGGAAGACAACUUACAUAUGCCAAGAAAAUGAGGAAGAUAAAAUUACUGGUAGCAUCCUGACAGAAGCUGUAGUGCAUCAGCUGCUGCGCAUGGGACUGCAGGCUGAAGGACAUCCGGCAACUUUGAUCAAGGUGUUCCAGGUACUCUUGUCUGUUCCUGAUAUUAGCCAGUACACCAGUGAUGAGAACUUGAUUGAUGUAUUUGAUAGCCUUUUGCUCAAAAUAGAUGUACAGAAAAGGUCAGACGUCAAGGCAUCAGUAAUGAAAUUCUGCGGCAGCCUUCUACCUUACUUGCUGAAAAAAAUGCAGGGCUCCACCGAAAGAGUGAGAAGUCUUCUUUGUAAACUGAAAGACAUUCUCAUGAUGUGGUGUCAGGCAGAACAACCAGAAGAGCUUCAGCUGGCCUGUGCUCACAUUCUGUGCAGUCAUGCAUCAUCUCUGUUGCUAGACAAGGAUAGGUGUUUAGGAACCCUUGUCUUUGACUUCUGGACUAUGGUGGUAUACUUGCUUCAAGCAGAUGACCUUGAAGUAAAAGAAGUUAUGGCCAGUGUAACAGCAGAGCCAUCUCUAUCACAAAGGGAAGGUGGCAGUCAUCCUGAGCAAGCUCUUCUUGAGGUGGUCAAUGCAAUGUUUGCACUUCAUGGCCACAUAUAUGAGCUGCACUGCGUGUCAACAGUUCUCGACUGGCUUCACAAACUUUUUGCUCGUGUCAGACUGUGUAAUUAUGAGGAUUCUACUCAGCGUCUUUUUGACAAAGGAGAGCUGAACAGUUUUCAAGAUGAAAUUUGCUUUGCCAGGAUCAUAUCAAGAACUGUGGAAGCCUGGUCUGUGCAAGCUCACAAAGAGGGCUUGCCAGAGAAACUGCAUGCAAAAAAUGAAGCUUGCCAACUGCAGACCAAGAAUCUUGCAGUUGAUCCUGAGGCGAGUAAGUUAGCCCUGACAGCAUUAACUGAUGCUAUUUCAGAAAUAACAUCAAAUAUUUCCAGGACCAAGGAUAUUUCCACAAGAAUCUUGUAUCUAGAAACAUCUCUGUACAAUGAACAGGUGCAGUCACUGAUCCAUGCUGCAGUGGUGGCACAUAUUAUAAAGUCAGUUUUCAUAAUUGGAAGACUCAGAGGUUGUCACCCCGAAGUGGAACUGGCAUAUGAACUAUUACUGCAAAGAGUCAAAAUGUGUUCAGAUACAAUAGAAGUGUCUAACUGCCUUUUGAAGAAAGUUCUGGAAGAAAUAUGACACUGUAAAAGUUUAUUAUGUCAGGCCAACUGCUGUGUGUUUCUGUCUGGUCAGAUGUUCAUAAAUGCUGCUCAUGAAGGGCCUUCAAAACUGUACAGAAAUGAUUUAAAUAAAAGAAAUAUAUACUAUGUA